UGCCACUUUUCGCUGCCCACGUCCCUGUCACCAGCACCUCCCGCCCAGCGCGCAGCAACCCGGCCCCAGCAUGACGGACCAAGCGCCCUUCGACACCAAUGUCAUCACCCUGACCCGCUUCGUCAUGGAGGAGGGCAGGAAGGCCCGAGGCACUGGCGAGAUGACCCAGCUCCUCAAUUCGCUCUGCACAGCUGUCAAAGCCAUCUCCACCGCGGUGCGCAAGGCGGGCAUCGCACACCUCUAUGGAAUCGCUGGCUCUACAAACGUAACUGGUGAUCAAGUUAAGAAACUGGAUGUCCUCUCCAAUGACCUGGUUAUUAACAUGCUAAAGUCCUCCUUUGCUACUUGUGUUCUAGUGUCAGAAGAAAAUAAAAACGCCAUCAUAGUAGAAGCUGACAAAAGGGGUAAAUACGUGGUCUGUUUUGAUCCCCUUGAUGGUUCUUCCAACAUUGAUUGUCUUGUGUCCAUUGGAAGCAUUUUUGGCAUCUACAGGAAGACUUCAACGGGUGAGCCAUCUGAGAAGGAUGCUCUUCAGCCAGGCCGGAAUCUGGUGGCAGCCGGGUAUGCCCUUUAUGGCAGUGCCACCAUGCUGGUACUGGCCAUGGAAUGUGGUGUCAACUGCUUCAUGCUCGACCCGGCCAUUGGAGAGUUCAUUUUGGUGGACAAGGAUGUGAAGAUCAAAAAGAAAGGGAACAUCUACAGUCUCAAUGAAGGCUACGCCAAGGACUUUGACCCUGCUGUCACGGAAUAUGUCCAGAGAAAGAAGUUCCCCCCGGGGAAUUCAUCCCCCUAUGGGGCCCGGUACGUGGGCUCCAUGGUGGCUGAUGUUCACCGCACACUGGUCUAUGGAGGCAUCUUUUUGUACCCUGCUAACAAGAAGAGCCCCAAAGGAAAGCUGAGACUUCUAUAUGAGUGUAACCCAAUGGCCUAUGUCAUGGAGAAGGCAGGAGGAUUGGCCACUACCGGGAAGGAAGCUCUAUUGGAUAUUGUUCCCACUGAUAUCCACCAGAGGGCGCCAGUCAUCUUGGGUUCCCCUGACGAUGUGGCCGAGUUCUUGGAGAUAUUUAAGAAACAUGCUGCCCAAUGAAGCGC